AUUCAAACACCACCGACUAGGAGGCCCGCGCGAUGCCCUCCGCCCUAAAGCCCUCCACCACAACCAGCGCCGGCGGUGACCAUGGCGGCGGCGACGAAAAAUCGAAGGACACCCCAGUGGCUGCGAAGACCAUCGGUUUCCUGGUUGUCUUUGGCAUCGCCGCGAGCAUCGCCAAGGCCCUUUUGACGAAGCCGAACCCUCAUCCCCAGCGGCCUCGAGGCCCCCGCAUGGGCUUCUCCAAUAGAGCGGUCUCCGGCGACGGAUGGGACGAUGGGCCCUCCUCGGCUCGGAAAGUGGUGAUAGCAAAGGGGGACACGCUUUGGGGUCUGUCCAAAACAUAUGGGGUCACCGUCGAUGCGAUCAGGGAAGCAAAUGGGAUCACCGGAAACAAGAUCUACGCCGGAAAGAAGCUGAUCAUCCCCUGACUGACCUCAAUCUCUCUGUUUCGGUGACCUCUUUAACCUCCUCUUCUUUUAGCUUCGUAGUUGGUUUUAUGCUCGAGUAGAUGCAGCCCAUGUUUGUUGUUGUAUUGGUGAACUGUACUACUACUACUACUCCAACAUGAUUCUAUGACUGCUUGUGAGAGAAAGAAGUAGCGAUCCAUAAGACUCGUUGAAGUUGAGAACAAGGAAUUAGGUUAGUUAAUUAAGCACUUCAGCUGAGAAGUAGACUGGAAUCUCUAUUGUGGAUUAAUUGCUUUGGAACUGUUUGAUCUGUAGAAUCUCAGGGAAAUGCUGCAGCAGCAUGUUUGGUGUAUCUAAGAUGUAGUCCAUGACUAACAUUGUUUUGUUUUAUUUUGAGGUAACAUCAAACAGAUAAUGUUUCCCUUGGUUUAGAUCUCAUCA